AUGGAGUCGCUAAGGCCUCCCACUCUCGUGGCCAAAAUCGAUCCCAAAUGUCUUUUCCCUCAUCGUGUCUCCAUUCCCGCUCCAACCGCGCUUUUAGGUUCUUUGCAGCGCUGCGGAGACAACCGCCCGUCCCCUUCCCACGCCGAGCCUCGCUUCGCGGCGCGCCGUCGUCGUCGUCGCCGCUCCGCUCCGCUUUGUUUUGCUUUACUUCGAUGGCGCUACCAUAACGCACGAUUUAGUGUAGCGUUGGCGGCAUGGCGGCAUGGCGCUAUCUUACAAAGCCGGAUGACGAUCGUGGUGAUGAAAAAGAUCCCUUUUUAUGCAGGUCACGGAAGGGUCCUGCAUGUGAGGGUCCCAGUUAAGCAGCGAUCACAAGGAGUACUCACAGGGAAGAGUUCACGUACAGCAACCAGAUCGACAUAUCAGACAACAAUUUUGAAUGAUGUCAGGCGCGCCCAGAAAAGUGGGUUAGGUGAGUCUAUCCAGGGACUGCUCAAGUCGAUCCAGCUACCGAUUGCGGUCAAAUCUAGUGUAGUUCAGUUAGCUCAGCGAGCGGGACGGGACGUGUAG